AUGGGUGCAUCUGAGCACUCGGCCACUGUAGUCUCUGUUAUCAUUUACCUUCAGGAAAAGGCAAAACUUCUGAGAAGUCAGCCUGCUCGGACUGUGGAACCCAAAGGCCUUCUGUAUGUCCAGCAGAGAGAGUUUGCGGUGACCACUCCUGAAGAUGGUUCUGUUUCCAUUCUUGGAUCAGAUGAUGCAACUACCUGCCACAUAGUUGUGCUCCGACACACAGGCAGCGGAGCCACCUGCCUGACGCACUGCGACGGCUCAGACACAGAAGCUGAGGUGUCACUCAUCAUGAGCUCAGUAAAAUCUUUCUCUGACACCACGGGAUACGGAAGGCUGGAAGUGCACCUAGUUGGAGGUUUCAAUGAUGAUAGGCAGUUAUCACAAAAACUUACUAAUCAGCUUCUUAGAGCAUUUGAUCUCCAACCAGAUGAUGUCCAUUUAGUGACUUUCUGCGUAACAGAACUAAAUGACAGAGAAGAAAGGGACAUUCACUUUCCAAUUAUUUAUGGAAUAGCUGUGAAUGUUAAAACGGCAGAGAUUUUCCCUGCAACCUUCCCAGAAAAAGGGCCUGAUGAAGAUUUGCGUUCAGCCCAUGUUUUAACAGGAGCAACACUGACCAACAUUUAUGACACCAAGAGGGAACAACUACAUAUUGGGCCUUAUUUCUGGAGUCCUUUCCCCCACGUGGAUUUCUGGUUGGAACAAGAUGAUCAGCAGAUUUUACAGAACCUUUCCACAUCGCCCCUGGCUGAGCCACCCCACUUUGUCUCCCACAUUAGAUCUACAUUAACAUUUUUAAAAGACCAUCCAUUUCCAUCUUGCUCCCUGUUUCCUGACAGGAAACCUCGCAUCUACAAAAAAAACGAAGAAGGGUUGUGGGAACAGGUUUGUUCUGACAAGAUCUGACCUGGACCCAACCGCCACACCUGCGUUAGGGACGUACAGUCUUGCAAGAAGAGCCAGUGUCACAAAAAGCGUAUGGCUGCUCACAGAUACUGCUGCUCCUGCGCUUUUCAGAAUAAAAUAUUUUGACAGAAG